AUGUAUAUAACCAUUGUGUUGUUUAGUUUUGCCUACUUUAAUGAUCAUCUAGCAUUGUAUGAUCAAACAGCAUCAGUAUUUGAUCCUUUGCGUAGUAAAUUAGAUAUAAACCAACAACAACAAAGAGACAUUACAAUCUUUUUAUGGGACAUUACAUCCAAAGAAAGAGAUUGGUCUGGCUUAUUAUCUUCCGAUGCAAAUUUGGAUAAUCAACAACAACAUUUGUAUAAACAACAACAACAACAACAACAACAACAACAACAACAAGAACAACAACAACAACAACAAAGUAGAUCAUUAAAAUCAUUGAUUUCAAGCAAGAUGGAUGAUGUGGAAUUUAAAGAUGAAAAUGAAAAAGUUUGUGAUGUAUCUUGUAGUUUUACCAAUAACCAUAUAGAUCUUCCAUUAUCAGACUAUAUAGUAUUUGACCCAUCAUUUAUACAUCGAGAUGAUUGGAGAAGAUCGCCUAUCAACUUUCCAGAAAAGCUGCCAUUUCAAAAAUUUGUCUUGUUGGAUUACUUUAGUAAGAGUCAAUUUCCAAUUCUGGCCGAUCCUCGGUACACGUCCCUCAUGGAUCUCCAUUUCAACUAUAGUUCCGAUAGUACACAACAACUUUCAUUGGCAUGUCCACCAGAUCCUUCCUACACUACAAAAAAUACAACCUCUUUACUAUUAAAUAACCAUGAUUCAAAACCUUGGGAAUCAAGAAAGGGAUUGGUUUUUAUUUCUUCAAAUUGUAAAAUUGGUUUUGCAAAAUCAAGAAUCAAUUAUGUAAAAUCAAUGAAAUCAAUAGUUGAUAUUGAUACUUUUGGAAAAUGUUUUGAAAGUACAUCAACUCAAAGUGGAAACAACAGGUUACCAAUCAAACCAACCAACAUUAACGAAAUAAUCAAAAGUAAUAUGAAAGAGUUUGAAAAUUACAAGUUUGCUUUGACAUUUGAAAACGAAAAUUCCACAGACUAUGUAUCUGAAAAGGUAUACUCUGCUCUCUACUCUGGUGCCAUUCCUGUCUAUAUGGGCUCAAAGAAUAUUGACAACUGGGUUCCAACUGGUUCAAUCAUCAAGGUAUCUGACUAUAGCUCUCCAAUAGAGCUUGCCAAUUAUCUCAAAAAAGUAAUAGAUGAUCCAAAAGAAUAUAAAAAGUAUUUUGAAUGGAAAAAAUCUGAAUUGGAACAAAAGGUAAUUGAUAAAUUAAGAAUGUGUAUAAAUGGAUUCCAUAGUAAAUGUAAAAUGUGUAAAAUGGCUAAUGAUGUAUUAUCGAUAAAACAAUUAGAGCUAAAGAAAGGACUAACGACAACACAUAGUUCCUAUCAGCCAUUCCAUUUGCAAAUGCAAGGAAAGGGGGAUCACAUUAAAGUAGAUUCAUCCAAAUGCCCAACAUGUUUGGAUUUGUCUGAAAAAUACACUCUAAUGGCUUGGGUAAAACCAACAAGUUUUGGUGAUCAACGUGUCAUUGACAAGAAUACUGGAGGUACUAUCGAUGGAUACAAUUUCGACAUUCAAAAGGCAACAGACUCGAGCAGAGGAAUUGCACGACUAUGCGCUGGUGGAAAUUGUUUUUCGUCUCACAUGUCAUUCUCUCCAGACGUUUGGACCCAUAUUGCCGUCACCUACUCUGUAAAUAACGAACACGUCCACGACAACAAGGUAAACUUUUUUAUCAAUGGGAAAAAGGAUAUCCCUCAAGAUUUCUUUAAUCCAACUGCAAAGAAUAAGCAUCCAGUUUUAAUUGGUGCUUCAAAUGGUGCAGCCAUUGGUGAUAGUGGUACUUACAAUGGAAACAUUGACAAUAUUGCAAUCUAUAAUAGAUCAUUGAGCAAUCAAGAAAUAAUCAAUGCCAUGUGGAACAAACCAUUUGGUAAUGAAAAGGAUAUUUUAUUGUAUUUUGAUUUUGAUGUCAACCCUCUUCAUCGCGAGACAAAGGGCACAGUAAAAGAUAGAUCAAUUUAUGGAAAUAAUGGUAUCUUUGUUGCUGAAAUUGCAUCACAAAGCGAUUUCAAACGAUGGUCAGCAAAACAAGUAAAAGAAUGGGCUACAAAAGAAGUUCAAGUAAGAGAGGAAUAUGCCCAGAUGCUUCUUGAUAAUGAUGUAGAUGGAGAGAGUAUAGCAGUGUUUACAGAGGCUGAUUUUGGUAAAUGUGGCAUAGUCGUUGCACCUGCAAAGAAGCUCUAUCUGGCUGCUCAACAACUUUUAAUUAAACAACAACAACAACAAUCGCUAUCGCAUCAACACAGCAGCAGCAGUAGAGAGAAAUCAUCUUCACCAUCGUCGCCAUCUUGUCAAUAUUCAUUCACUCAAUCUUUUUAUUCUUUGUAG